CCAGUAUUGUAAAAUUGUGACAGUGUGAGAAGGUGGCAACGAAGCUAGUAGUGAAGGAAGUGUGUGCAGUGAAAACGAAAUUUACCAAACGUCGCCCUGAAGCGGAAUUGUGUAGAAAAACGCAUCCACGACCAAAUCUAAAAGGAAGCGAAAAAACCUGCAUGAACGAAAAGGAAUGUAGAAUGAAUAGUAAAAACGUAUGAGGAAGAAGCAACAUCAGCAUAAAUUUGCCAACCAUAAUUUAAAUCCAAGCUUAAUAAAGAAGUAAAAGAGUUAACUUCACUGUGAAAAAGUGAUUAACGUAAAUUGUGUACUACUAUAAUAUAUAUUUUCACAAAGCGAAAAAGAAAGUAAAUAUUUAACGCAACAUCGAUUACGGCUACGUUGUGUGUGUGGUUUCGAUUGCGAUAAUUGCAUAAAAAUUAUAUCAAAAAGAACUGACAAAGUGUGAAACGUUCCUUUCAUAUCGUGUUUUUGGUAUAUGGAACUUUUUUGAGAAUUUAAAUAUAUCAUUAAACUAUCAAAACAAAGUAGCUCUGGUAGAAAUUGUUAAAUACGUAGUGAUAAAGAUAGAAAACGUGUUAAUUUAAAAGCAGGAGAUAUUUCCGUCGCGUACAAAGUACCGUAGUGCAUCUUAGCGUUGAGAUUGGGAGAAAUAGAAGUGGAGCAAGUAUCGACGACGACAUAAAUCUAAAAGAGGCACCAGCGAAAGUGCCACUUUGUCAUUUAUUGUUGUGAAUUUCAACACAACAUCAUUAUGAAUACCAAUAGCAAUAAACGCAAAAAUCGCCCUGGUGGCGUAGGACGAUACGUGACCGACAAUCGUCAAUUGCAACAACAUCAACUGCAUUCAAAUAAAGGACGUACGCAGGCACAGGGAGUGUAUAAGAACACUCAUUUCAUUCACGCGGCCACAUCGUUAGUUGGCAGUCUUGUUCAAGUUCGCUUACGCUCGGGUAAUAUUUACGAGGGCGUAUUCCACACUUUCUCGCCGAGUUUUGAUGUAGCUCUGGAACUACCAUUAUGCAUUAAAACAAAUAAAAAUGAAGAUGAGGGUAAGCAUGUCCCGAAUCACAUGAUUUUUCCUUGUGAUACAGUAGUGAAUAUAUCGGCAAAAGAUUUCGAUUCUCGUUAUGCUACAACGAGAACUUUUGCAACGGACGGCGCCAUCUCUGAAAAAUUCAAUGGUAUUCGAUUUGAGGAGAAAGAGCUCGAACCAUGGGAUGCGUCUGGUAUGAAUGGCGAUGUCGACAUUGAAUUAGACGGUGCCGCUAAUGGUUGGGACCCAAAUGAUAUGUUUAGGCAAAAUGAACAUGUUUUUGGAGUUCAGUCAACAUUUGAUGAUUCGUUAUCAUCAUAUACUGUUCAACUUGAUAAAGUAGAUUCUGAUGAGUUUAAAGAAGCGGAGGCCAAGGCCGAGAAGUUGGCUGCAGAAAUCGAAAACAAUCCUAUCUACAGAGAGCGUGUUGAUUUAGAGAACGGGGAUGAGGAGACUCUAUUCGCUGCAGUGGAACGACCGAGUAGCGAAAUUGACCGUGAACGUGAAAGAGAACGCGAUUUAGAACGUGAACGAGAGCGGGAACGUGAGCGGGAGAGAGAAAAAGAAAGAGAGAGAGACCGGGAACGUGAGCGGGAUCGUGAACGAGAACAACGUGAUAGAGAACGCGAUCGCGAACGUGAUGAUAGAGAACGCAGCAAACGUCCUGGUACAAGCGCGUACGAUCAUCGGGAAAUUGUGGCUGAACGAUAUAUAACAAAACCAACGCGUAGUAUAACCGGUCCGCCACCGCCUGUUGCUAUGGCUUCCACCAAUUCAACCUCUUCGACCGUAUCUUCACAAACCAGUGGCAAUGGUUCCACACAACGAGGCCAUAUGGAUCGCGGAUGUAGUGUCAAUAGCGGAGGUAGCAUUGAUAUGAUGGGUGGCGAGCGCAUAGUAAACGCACCGGCUUCCUCAAAUAUGGGCCAGCCGCAGCAAGCCCAGCAACAGCAAACCAACUCGAUACAAUCGUCAUCCAGUGGUAUGGCAGGAGGCAUAAAAAAUUCGUCGUCGUUACCACUGUCAUCAAACACUGGAAUUGUCAGCGGCUCGGAUGGUGGCAACAAAUAUGGCGGCAGUUCAAUGAUGAAGCGCAAAACAGUCCCACAGAGUAAACAAAUGUUGCGCAAUGCACCAAUAUCCAAUAAUUCUAACACACAAUCGGGCGUUGGUGGCAGCGGUGGUAACAUGGCUCAAGGAAGUGGUGGAAGUCAGUCGAGUGUUGGUGGCGGCAAAGUUGGCAAUUAUCAACCAUUGCCACUUCAAAACCAAGCACCUAUGCAAAAUUAUCCGCAAAUAAUUCAUGGGUCGUCACAAUAUAGAAACCAGCAGCACAUGGGAGGACCUUCAAAGGUAAAUGGGGACUCUAACCCGAACUCGGGAAAACCAAUGCCGCAUCGUAAUAUGCGUCAGUAUCAAAGUACUCAAACAAAUUCUCCAUUAAACUACAACGACUCGCACAACCAGGUUUCAAUGGCGAAAUCACAUGGUCCUCCGCACGGCCAACAACAAAUUGGGGGUCCCUUAGGAGUUAACAACAGCACUUCACCCCCCUUACAAACUGGUGGGGGUCCCCAUAAUCAUCCACAGUCUCAAAGUGGUGGAUUAGUCAUGGCAGGACCACCUAAUCAACCACCACCUCAGCCGCAGCGCCAAAUGCGCAAUCAAAUGCAAGACUUAAGGCAAUUUGCACAAGAUUUUCAAUUGGCGAAUAGUACAUCUACGUCGCCGCCUCAGCAUUCACAGCAAACGCAACCCUCACUACAGCAGCAACAGCAACAGCAACAACAACAUCUGAAUUUGGGUAAAGUAGCGGGUCACCAACCACAACCUUCGGUUUCGCCCCCACAGCAGCCUCAACAAGUAAUUGUGCAGCAACAGCAAACGCAGCCUCAUUUAAAUAUGCAGCAUGUACAACAGCAGCAUCACAGUCAACAUCAUGCGUCGCCGCCACAACAAACACAGCAACAGCAUUACGUACCGUCACAUUUGACGCAGCAGCAGCAACCACAACAACAGCAUGGGCCCCCACAUGCACAGCAGCAAUCGCAGUCGCAGCAGCAGCAAAAGGGACAUUUGCAUCAACAACAACAACAGCAGCAACAACCGCCUCCAUCUAUGCAGCAACAUCAACAUCAGCAACAACCGCCGGCCCAACCGGCUACGCCUUUGGCACAAGAGCCACCACAGCAUCAAGCUCAGCAGCAGGGAAUGUAUCAUGUGUCGCCGCCACAGCAGCAACCUGCACAACCGUCACAAUUACAGCAGAGUUCACCGCCGGUGGCAGACACCCCACCACAGCAGCAUCAGCAACAGCAAGCGGCACAGCAAGUGAAUAAGAUGGAGGCCACACCAGUGACAACAGUCACACCGGUCAGCAACACGUCACCAAACAGCGCAUCAGAUAAACUGACCACGCCUCCUGGCGCUGCUACAUCGUCAACAGCGACCAGCAGUGUUACUGCGACUGGUACAACAACAGUUAAAAAGACACACGUCUUAAAUCCUUCGGCGAAACCGUUCACACCACGAAGCCCCAGUACCCCGAAUCCAUCGCGUCCGCACACCCCGCAAACACCAGUGCCGAUGCCAAACAUCUACACGACUGCUACGCAUGUGCAAGCUGGUAGCCAAACGCCCAUGUAUGUGAUGCAAUCACAACAGCCCGCAUUCCAAGCACCAACGCAUCCACAAACGGGACAACAACCACGCAUGCGCAGGGGCAACUAUGGUCCGAUGGCGGCAUCACAAACUCAUGUUUCAGCAACAACAGCUACCGGACAACCUUUGCUGGCAGCAGCACCUAUACAACAGUUUAUACAUUACCAACAAACGCCACAUGCGCCACAUUUCCAAUCGCAGCCAUAUGUUAAUGUGCGCAUGUAUGAACCACCUCCCCAACAGUUGCAGUUCAUUACGCAAACACCACCAUCAACUACACCGUCCCCAGGACAGCCACAUCAAACGUUCCAUCCGCCACCACAGCCUUCCCCUGCUGGCGGGGGCCCACAACCGACAUUCGCGCCGCAAACACAGCCCAUGUACCCUGUUGUGUAUCCCGUAUUACAUUCGACACAGAUCAUGCCGAAUCACUACUAUUCGACGACGCCACAGCAUCCACAACAAACGCAGCCGUUUCAAAUACUGAUGCAACAGCAUCCAGCGCAGUAAAUGUUUACAAAACAAGAACAACAAAACGAAACUCAUAUUUAUCUUAAAACAGCGAGGGAGCGUCACGCGGUGGAUACAAGAAGAAGUGCUGAAAUGUGAAAUGGGAGGGGGGAUGAAGUCAUGCUGCGGCUGAUUAUGAGCAUUCAUAUUACAUACUAUAGAAAAGUAUAAGAAGUAUGUAUAUAGACGCGAAUUAUGUUGUAAAUACCGCGAAGCAACAUCUGCCAACAAUAAUAACAAUAAAACCAUUGCUUUUAUGCAAAAAAAUUACAAUAUCAUAAAAUAUAUAAAUACAAAUAAUAAUAAUAAUAAUAAUAAUAUGUAAGAAAUUCGUCAAUGGUGAGAAUCUAUAUGUACAUAUGUGUAAUGUUUCCAUGGUUGCAAGAAGUUUUCCUGAAUUUUGUAAAACUAACGUCUUAGCAAGGUAUUAAUAUUUUGCUAACAUAAUUUGACUUUAAGGCAAAUUAAAAUAUAUUUUGCAAUUUAACUAGAUGCCCUUACUUGCCUUCUUUAAACUUAAAUAUUGAAAAUUAUUUAAUAGAAUGAAAAUAGUAUGAGAAUUAUCCAUAAAAUUUAACUUGCAACUGUUUGUGGCAUGUUUGUUGUCAUCCAUGGUAGAAAAUAGGGACGAAAUGUAAAAUGCAUUUUUCUUUACAUUGUUAUUGUUGCUGUCAUUGAUGUUGCUGCAUUGCAUAGCGGGCAUAAAAAAAACGGAAAGAAAAAAAUUAAAAUAAACACCUAACAAAAAUUUCUAUAAUGCAAAUUAAACGUAUAAAAAUAAAAGCAAUGAAAUGCAAAAACAAUUGCGCGAUUAGAACCGACGAAAGUUAUGCAAAUUCGCUUAAAAUACCGCAUUCGGAAGACGUGUAUCGACUUAGGUAGAACUUUGCGUAUCGUUUGCGUCUAACGCAAUCAAUGUCGGCAGGCGACUUGCCACAUGCGGCAUCACUUUACACGUUCGUGCAUAUCUUCUCCAUAUAUUUUAAUAUCUCUGUGUGUUUAUUGAUUUGCGUGCAGAGUUUUUGUUUUUGUAUUCUUAUUGUAUUACUUUCUUAUGUUAUUUGUCGGAUUGAUGCGUUUUCACAUCAAACAAAAAAAGCAAUGGAAAUUUUUCAAAGUAUAAUAAUAUUGAUUUCUUCCGAAAUCCUUUGUGAAUCAUUCCAUGUCAAAAAACAAAUACUUUUCUAAUACUUUUUUGAACACAGCGCGAAAAGUAUUUGUAGUGUUCGAAAGGAAAACGUUAAAAUGGCCAAGUAUUUUCUAAUGAAAAAUACAUUUGCUUCUAUGCACAUUCGUAGUAACAAUAUAAACGCUGCCUUAACGGUCUUGGGAUCAACUUGACUUCUUAAACAGUUAUUUCAUGAUUUAGUUCAAAAUUGGAAAAUAAUUUCUUUGAGUAAGCCUGACUCUGCUUAUAAAAGUAAAUAUGCAAAAUAAAACUAAACUCUUAGGACAAGAUUAGCUGCUUAUUCACAUUUGAGGUUGGCCUCAAUAACGGCAUAAGCUUCUGGAACGUUUUUAUUCGAAUGAAGACAAAUCCUUUAGAAGCCUCAUUAAAAUAGCAUAACUUUAUUUUCUAAGCGCCUCGAUAAGCACUUCCAUAACUAAAUUUUUAUUAUUGUGCACACUUCAAUAAAGCAACCAACGUGAAUAUUGUGCUAAAUAAAAAUUAGACGAAACUUUUUAAAUAAGAUACCAAAAGUCAACAAAAGCGAAAAACUUAAAUAAAUUAAUAUUUGAUUAGUGGGGGCCGUGUUGUACAUGUCAUUAAAACUGCGUUUAUUGUUUGCAUUUAUUUUGCUCAGUUGGAUUUUAGUGCUUACCCUGCUCGUUUUUGCGAAGUUCAUAUUUAUUUUUCGUUCGUACGUUUAUUCAUUUUUGUUUAUUACUUACUUACCCGUCGUUUUUUACCUAGAAUUUAUAUAAAGAAAUCGAGAAAAAAUAUUUACUUGCGCAUCCCCUUAUAAAAUUCUGAAUGCUAAGAGAGUAAGACAUGUGUUUUUGUUAAGUUUUCUCCCUACUUUUGUACUCCUACAAGCUAAUUACUCCAUACAUUGAAAAUACGAGAAGAUAAAUGAAAAAUAUAUUUAAAUAAAAUAUAUAUAUGCUAACAUAUACAUAUAUGAGUGCGAUUAAAGCAAAAUAAAAAAAAAAACUAAAAUAUGUGUAAAUAAAAAUGAGCAAAGAAACAAAACACAAAAACUUAAAA